AUGAAUCUAUCCCACGAGAUCUACUACUUGGGGAAUUUCACCAGCAACUUCACCCACAUCAAGACACUUAACAGUGAGUUCAACGACAGCAUUGUCGGGUCCGAGAAUGUCACGCUGAUGGACAUCGUCAGCAACCUGACCAACAUCACCGCUGGGGACGACAGCUCCAUACAGAUGGCCAAACUGGUGGAGACGAUCUGCAGCCAGAUGCUUCCCAUCGUGUGCAUCUUCGGCAUCCUCUGCAACAUCCUCAACCUGCUGAUCCUCACAGAACGCUACCUCAAGGAGUCGCCGUACUCCUACCUGACUGCCAUGGCUACCACGGAUCUCUGCGCCCUCAUCCUGACGUUCAUCUUCUCCAUGUUUUCCAUGAAGAAUCCCAACAGUUACUACUGGAAGUUCUUCGAUGCUCAUCUGUACUAUCCUCUCGUGAACAUCUGCUGCAACUCCAGCGUCUGGUUCAUCGUCAUGCUGACCUUUGACCGCUUCCUCUUCGUUCACAAUCCUCUGUGGGCCAAGGCUAGGUGCGACCGUACGGGCGCACUCAUCAAGAUCUGCAUUAUUCUGGUUCUCAUCAGCAUCAUCAACAUCCCGCGGUUCCUCACGUUCAUGGUACAAUACGAAGUGAGCGACGAUGGCUUCACCUAUCGGCUCACCUCGACGGACUUCCGACACACGUACGCCUUCUUCAUCAUCACGUGGUCCUACAGCAUCAUCAUCAACUUCAUCCCGCUGACCAUCUUGGUGUCAUCCAACAUCUACAUCGUGUAUGCCGUGCAGCGCGCCCGCAUCCAGCGACAGGUGAUGAAAAUCGGCAACAACAAGGAGGCCACGUGGCACCGCGAGCAGAUGCGUCUCACGGUCACCCUCAUCAGCAUCGUGUGUCUCUUCGUCAUCUGCAUCAUGCCGUCGGCCUUCGCAGACCGGCCGGUCGCCUGGGCACUCUACGGGAAGUUCAUCUACAGUACAUCCACAGAGCUCAUGAAGUCGGCUCCGUACAAGAUUCUGCAGGCCAUCUCCAACCUGCUGCUCAUCUGCAACCUGUCGCUGAACUACGUGCUGUACUGUGCGUUCAAUGACAAGUUCCUGCGCGUCUUCAAGAAAAUGGUUUUCAGGUGGAUUAAAGUGAUUCGCAGGAACAAGGUCCGCGAGGAGCAGUUCUACAUGAAGGUCACCGGCAGAAGGUCUGUCAACGGGCAGACGUCUGUGGUGUCAAGCGCCAUGUCCAUGACCAACGGCUGUAACAGCCAGGUGACGAGAAUGAGUACAUCAAAGAGUGAUUCCUUUCUCAAGGAGGACCUGACACUGUGA